GCUGUAGCAAUGAUGUCGAAUCCUGCAGUUGGAGGCACAGCUUACGGGGCUGGAAAGGCCGGUGGGCCGUUUGAUCCAAUAGAAUAUAUAAAAAAGCCACAAGUUAUACUAAGAUUAAUUAGUUUGCUGUUUUCCAUCAUUGUGUUUGGUUGCAUCUCCUCGGGUGGCUGGUAUGCCAACCAGUGUCAGAUGAGUGGUGACAGCAACGCGUGCGGCUACGGAACGGGCAUUGGCGUACUCGCCUUCCUGUUUUGUAUUGGAUUCCUGAUCACAGACGCACUUUUUGAAAAUAUCAGCAGUGUACAGCACAGAAAGUAUGCUGUUAUAGCUGACUUGUCUGUUUCAGGUUUCUGGACGUUCCUGUGGUUUGUGGGCUUCUGCUACAUGACUGACAAGUGGGUGAAUGCCGAUCCCAUGGCGUCAUAUUACAAUAAACGUGGACACGGCAGGGAUAACAUCCAGGCAGCCAUAGCUUUUUCAUUUUUUUCCAUUGCAACAUGGGCUGCUCUAACGUUCUUCGCAAUCCGCCGCUACCGAGCUGGGGCUCAAGAUGUCUUUUCCUCUGGCUACGAACCGGACCCCAACGCCUCGUCCCCCUACUCUUCGUUUCCAGGAAGUGACACCGGCGACCCCUACCAGCAGCCUCCCUUCAGUCAGCAGAAGGAAGUUCCCGACUACCAGGCUCCCACAUACUGAGCCGUGUAUCUCCGUGCGGCACACCAGCGUCACGCUGCGCAGAGUGCUACAUCUUGGCCAGCUGUAUGGUUUACAAGCUCAGAUCGGCAAACAUAUUCUUAGGACUCCUGUAGUAAUAAUAAUAUUGUGUUUAUGUGUCUAGAUUUUAUUUUCCAAUCUGAUUAUUAGAUGUUUUUGUAUAAGCAAAACAAAACUGUUGGGUUUUUUUUUUUCUUUUUUCUUUUUUUUAUAUAUAUAUAUAUAUAUAUAUUUUUUUAUUUUUUUCAUUUUUUUAAAUACCAGUACCAGUUUAGUGUAUUUUUAAAAAGUACAUAACUUUUUCUUUUUUUGUUUUUUUUUCUCUUUUUUUUCUUUUUUCUUUUAGUUUUUGCUUUAAGUUUAUUUCAUAAUAAUGAUAAGAAACUUAAAAAACAUUUGUUCAAUCCAUUGCAUUCAGCAUUAAUCUAUUAUACAUCUAUAUAUGUAUAUUACCUAGUAGUUUUAUUUCAGUAUGUUACUAUUAUUUAAAUAACUGACAAAACAUGUUUUUGUUUUACAACUUUGGAACUUGAUUCUUAAACUUUAACUCUUAAAAAUUUAUUUGGUUAAUUAAUUUUUUUUUUAAAUAUGCUAGAAUUUAAAUAGUAAAAUAUUUAUGCUUUGUUUGAAUGUCCAAGAAGAUUGUGUUUUCAAAUGAUGCUAGAAUUUAAACAAUAAAAUAUUAAUGCUUUGUUUAAAUGUCCAAGAAAAUUGUGUUUUCAAAUGAUGCUAGAAUUUAAACAAUAAAACAUUAAUGCUUUGUUUCAAUGUCCAAGAAGAUUGUGUUUUCAAAUGAUGCUAGAAUUUAAACAAUAAAACAUUAAUGCUUUGUUUCAAUGUCCAAGAAGAUUGUGUUUUUGCACACUGAUGUUUGCCAUUCUUUGCUUUAUUCUGAUCAGUACAAACUGGCACCCAGUAUCAUUUCAGGGAUUUUUAAUGUCGAGUUUAAAUGUCAAGUUGAUAAAAGCUAGUACCCAGUAGUGUGGUUGGUGAUGUUUGUUGUCGAGUAUAGACCCAGACAUCAGUUGUGAAUAGGGUUUUAUUUAUUAUGUUUUUCCACCUAUUAUCUUUACUAGUUCAAAACAAACAUUAAAUGGUUACCUGUAUAAGUGAAUAACAUUUUAUGGGCCUCAUAAAAAACCAACUGGUAGAUUAAUACAAAAAAAAUCAAAAAUAUUAAUUAUAGCUGACAGUUACUUCUGGUGUAUUUUCCCAUUCUCUUUGAUCUACUAAGUACACUUGCCAACAAUUAAAUAAAAGGAGAAUUUAAUUUAGUCUGUUAAGAGAUCAAGUACAGUAAUUGUACUCCAUAAAAUUAAUCUCGUCUAGUGCAAAGUACAAAGCAGUUUUAUUUCAAUUGCAUACGGAAGAUUUUGCAUGGGUCAACCCUGAUUAGUGGUAACUGUUGAGUGGUGGGAAUGGCUUUCCUCGGUCAGACUGUUUUCUUAAAUGUUUUACAUAUUCACCUUUCUAUAACAAUCUGAGCUGUAUAUGAAUGAAAUCUUCCACAAAAAAAACAUGAACCUUACUUGUUCACUAUGGAGGUGUCAGGUGGGGGGGGGGGGGGGGGAUAUUCCUCUAAAGCAUGCCUUUCCCUCAAAUUUGGACCUGCUUCUUCUGUUAUUUUGUAACAAGGAUUGGAAAAUGUAGUCACUGUUUCUGAGAAUGAGAGCACUGAUGUUCUGAUAAUGAGGGCGCUGAUGUUCUGAGGACAACACCAUAGGUAUUUGCUGGGUUAGACACUAUUUAUAACUGAUUGUUGUACUGAAGUAGCUUGUUGAACGUUGUACUGGUCUGUCGGUCGUUGUACAUAGAAACAGAAUUUGUGUGAUUGGUCAUAAUUUCUUAACCUGAUUGGUCAGGAUUUGGUCUGAUUCAUUAUAAUUUAGCAAUGAAAGAUUUGAUUGGUCGAUAUGUUUUAACAAGCAGCCUGAAUAGUCAUAUUUUGUGAACAGGUUGUUUUCAUAAAAAAAAAUUGAUUCUCUAUGUAUAGUUGCUUUGUUUUGGGGUUGUUUCGUUUUUCUUACAAAAAUAAUUUUAUGAUAAAAUGUUUUUCAUCUUUUUAUUGCCUACAAAUUGAUUUUUGAUACAAGAACAUAAUUUGUCUUUGUUGCUAUUUAUGACAUAGUUAGUGUUAUUUCAGUUAGAAUCUUAAAAUGCUUGUUAGAGAAUUUCUGUUACUUAUAUUUUUUAUUAUGAUUGACAAAAGCAUUUUUUAUUAAUUAAUUUUAUUUAAAAAAUUUGAAAUCAUGCAUUUAAUAUGCAGAGUGUUUUUCUGGAUGUGCAUUAUGCAAGCUAAAACAACAUGACUAUAAACUAGAAAUGGUUCUCUGGUGUGUAUGGCUGAAUCAAAUCUAAAUCACUGAAUCGUAUUUGAUUCCUUGAAGAACAUUGCAGUGUAUGUAGAGUUCAUGCUAUAUUUAACUGUAGUUGGACUUCAGGUAGGGCUUACAUUGUGAUUAAAAAUGAAUGAUUUUUAGUCUCAGCUACAAGUGUUGAGUCUUUGAGAUGGAGUUCUCAUUUGACUAAUUGGGGGUCUUGUGACCAUAAAAAUACAUUGUUUUGUGAGAUGUAUUGGUUAUAUUUUAUGUCUGCCCAUUUGUUGUGAAAUAGGGUGACAUUUUUGGUUUUAUUUUGAAUCUUUGAAAUUGGAAUUAUAAAUAGAAUAAUUUAUUUUAUUUCUUUUUAUUUAAUGGACUAAAAUAGGUCAUUGACAUUGGUUUUUUAAUCAUUUGAAUAGAUAUAUUUAGCACAUAAACGUGUAAUUGAAAGUCAUUUAUAAUUAUUUAUUUUUAAUUUUUUUAUUGGGCCAGUCUUUUCAUAACCAUCAUUUUGCACGAAGUGUCACUAGUAUUAAUAUUACUAGUAUUAAUAGUGUUGUAUUUGACAAACUGUGUACUUAGGCAAGAAAAGUGACUUGUAGUUAUUUAUUAUAGUUACAAAACAAAUGUUUUGUCAGACUUUAUAACAAUGUCUUGUAUGCCAUAUUUAGAAAUUAGCAAAUGGUAACAUUGUUUUGGUGAUCAUUGUCAUAUUUCAGAAAACGAAAGACAAAAUUUGUGUACACUACAUGUAACUAUAUUGUAUAUGCAGCACACUUUAGCUUGGCGCCAAUGUUGGAAUAUGCCUGUCAACUUUGGGCUUAUCUGGUGUUAGUGGUUUAUGAAAUAUGUUGGUUUUUAUAAUUAAAAAAAAUAUAUCUCAUUUAUGAUACAACCUGCUUAAAUUAUUUCUUUUUCCUCUUUUUUUUUUUUUUUUUAAAUUAAUUUUUUUAUAAUCCAUAAAAUGUAUACGGAUUCCAUUUUAUCAAAAUAAUGCAACACACUAAAAGAAACAUUUAUAAUGGUCUACCACCUGUUUGCCAAUCAACUUCAUAAAAAAAAAAAAAAAAAAAAAAAAAAAAAAAAAUUUUUUUAUUUCAUCUCAGCCCAUUGUGAACUAAACUGCGUUAAUGCCCAGUGGAUCAGGCUUACAUUGGUUUAGCAUUGUGAUGUGGUCAAAAUACAAUAUGUGUAUAAACGAUCCCACUUCCAAGCAUAAUGGCUUCAACAGUCAACAUGUUACUGUGAUUUUUUCAUUAGUAAAGAGUUUGUUUGCUUGUUCAUAAUCACUUGUAUAACAUGAAUAUUCUGUCAAUUUGUGGUGUCUUUUAAAAUGUGUUUGUAGAGAUAGCACACAUACAUGUUCCUUAGUUAUGUUGUUAUUGGUUUUGUGACAAUGUGUCUACAUAUAUAUAUAUAUGUAUCUGUGUGUGUGAUGAUGUAUAAUGUGUGUAUGAUACCGGUAGAGUAAGUACAGAUAUAGUGUACACUGACCUGGUUAGUGGUGGAUUUAAAUUGUCACCUGUAGAUAAAUAAUUAAUUCAAGUUUAUGAUUAUGCAUUCCAUUAGAAUUGGCUACUAAUUUUCGCUCAUUUUUACACCAUUUUUCCUUAUCUCAAAUAUUAAAAAUUUGUAUUACAAUGGCUAUGUUGUGAGGUUUUUUUUUGGGGUUUUUUUUUUAUUAUCCAUAUAAAAAUUCAGUACUUUAGAUGUACAUUUAUCACAUAUGAGAUCCUUAUUUAUAUUUUUAGUGCUAUUUAUUAAUAGUUUAUAUAAAUAUUGAUAUAAGUUACAUAACAAUUUAUGUUGUAUUUCCAGUAUUGCUAUUUUUAUUUAUAGCUAUAGAAAUAAAAUAUGCUUUUCUUGCUUAUAUCCCUCUACAUUUCAGAUUUAUUUUGUUUAUCUUUGUUUUUAUACCAUUAUCUUUCACGCUGUUGUUUUGGACGAGUUGUGUUUUUCUUCUGUUGGUUAUGUCCACUACUGUGUAUUUUAAUUCUGUUGUUCAUGUUCGUACAAACACAUUACAAAUAAAUAGUGAAAACAAAA